AUGUCAUCGGAAGGGCAUCACAACAGAGAAGAGGCAAGUUUCAACUUGUAUGGAGAUGAUGCUGAGUUUGCAAAAUUUGUUGGAGAGCAUGAUUUGCUGUUCGACGAGCUGCUGGUUGGAAACUACGAGUACGGAGAUGGAAAUGUGGAAGGAAAAGUACAAGCCGAACAACCCGGACAAGAUUUGUCAGUCUGCAGUGCGACAAAAUCGAGUCAAAGACAUUUAACUUGUGGCCAUUGUGGCUAUUUUUCAUCGAACAAAAUCGAUUUUCAAAGGCAUUUAAGUCGGCACUCGGUGCAACGUGCCAGUCAGAGGGUGAAAGAGAUCCGGAUUCACAAGGACUUGGGGGAGUAUAAGUGCGCCGAGUGCGAUUUCACGACCACCACAAUGAAGUGCUUAACGCAACACGUUGCUGUACACAAACGAAUAGUGAUCAAAAUGAACCUCGAUUUGAAUACUUACAAAUGUAAACAGUGCAAAUUUACGACAAGGCACUGGAAGGAUUUUAAAUUACACAUUCCGAAACACGACGCAUUAAACGUAUACAAAUGUGACCUGUGCGAUUUCGUGACAAAGUGGAGGCAAAACCUGAAACCGCACGUCGACACCCACGACACGGCGGUCAAGUACAAAUGCGACCGGUGCGCUUACACGACGAAGCUGAAGCGGUACCUAACGCAGCACUACCAACAGCACGACUCCUUAAAGCGGUAUAAGUGUCGCCUGUGCAGGUUCUCGACAAACUGGAGCAAGCAUUUGAAGCAGCACGUCGAAGUGCACAACUCGUCGAAGGCCUACCAGUGCGAUGAGUGCGGUUUUACGACGAAUUCCAGGCGAAAUUUGAUAAUACACUUUAAAAAGUACGGCACACGGCACACUAAGUGA